AUGACGGAACCAGGUGUCAUGGAGCUUGCGUCGACACUGCAGUUUGGCUCCAUCAAGCGCCACCCUUCACCGCGACACGACCUCAAUCCAUCGACCGCCGCGUCCAAGAGGCAGCCCGUCACGCUCGACAAGAACACCGACAUCGACUCUGACAUUGACGAAGAUGAGAUACCCAUCAGCGUCCUCAGCCCCGUACCGCGCAAGCAGACGAUGCCGCCACUGCCCGACCUGCGAUUCGAACAGAGCUAUCUCAAGAGCAUCGAGAAGGCAGAGUCAUGGCAGGGCGUAGCAUGGAUCACGUUGCGGGACCAGGUCCUCAUGUGCUUCGCGCAGGGCGUGGUGUGGACCCUCAUCCUCAGCGGCUGGCGGCAUUGGAACAGGUCGGCCAAGUUCAGCGGGCAGAGCGUCGGCGCGAAGAUACGGCGGUGGUGGUGGGGCGUCAACAACUGGACUAUCCCCGAUGCCAAGUCGAAGCUGAAGGACACGAAGCUGGCCAAGAGUGUAUCAGAGUACUACAAGGGCGAGUUCUCAAACGCUGCCCAAGACUAG